CAGUUCGAGUACAAAGUUGUGAUCAACACCAACCAAAAGGAUAGUGCGACUAAUAUAGUAAAGUUAAAUGUGCGCAGUCAGUGCAGCAUUCUUUAGGUGAACGUUGGUUCUCAAUUUGAAUACAUCAGUGUAGUUUAACACGUGAACUGACGAUAUACGGAGUAUCAAAACAAUAAUAAGGUGGCUACAAGGCAAUGUAAACAUCCAUUCGACUCGUGUGCCCCCAUUUCGCGUUUUGUUGUGGUCUGUUUAUACAUUAUUCGGCGUUGUGACACCUUUCUAAGGACUCUUCAAUGAUUCGGGUUUUCUAUUUUGUUCAUUAUAUUAUUGUGAAGGACAAGUGAAUGUGAAAUGUCCACUAGUGGCAGUGCAUACCCUGAAGAGGGUUUCAAUAUCCUCCGAACGGGAUAUAUGAAGAAAAUAAAAACAGGGCGUCGUAAAUGGUUUGUACUCCGUAAAGAAACCCAAGAGGCACAAGCUAGACUUGAAUAUUAUGAUUCGGAAAAGAAAUAUCAGAGUGGCGUUGCACCCCGCAAAUCUAUUAUUAUGAAAACAUGCUUUAACAUUAAUCAGCUCAGUGAUCCAAAACAUAAACACGUCAUUGCUCUUUACACCAAAGAUGAAUGUUUGAAACUGGCCAUUGAUGACAAACAGGAGGCUGACGAGUGGUUCAAAGAUUUGCUUUUGAUGCAGCAAGGGGAAGAUCUUCCCGAGGGACAAAUUCCGAGGCCUACUUUUGCGCACGUGUGGGAGGUUUUGCUGGUGAAUCGAGGCCUAGGUACCCAGGAUCUCAUUGGAACCUACAGGCUCUGCCUGAGAGAGAAGACGCUAACUUUGGUCAAGAAAGAUCACGACUUUCAGAUUGAAAUCAAUCUUUCCAGCAUCCGAAGCUGCGGCAGUCUCCAAAAAUAUGUUUACUUUGAGGUGGGUAGGAGUUGCCCCCUUGGAGCUGGGGAAUUAUGGAUGGAGACUGAAGAUCAGUAUAUUGCCCAGAAUGUUCAUUUGACAGUCUAUCAUACAAUGACUAGCAAUGGAAAAGAAGAACUGGGUCCAAAGAGCAGAUUCAGAUCAUCAUCAGCUACGGAAACAUCAAAGCCGAACGUAGAUAAGAAAUAUAAUUCCAAAAGUCAUUUAUUCCCACAAGAUCACACACAAAAUGUCGACUCUUGUUUAUGUGGCGUGCAAUCUCACAAUAUCCAAAACCCUAUUGUGAGUGGUAUGGUUACCAUUUAUCAACAUUUGAAGGGCGCUACUAAAUCAUCUGAACGACGUCAUUCUAUUUCAGGCGGUGUUGCAUUUUCGGGAAGUAUCAACCAUCAGCGCACCCAGUCACUGCCUCUCGCUACCCCCGCCACUGCACUAGAACAUCCCCAUCAGCAGCACUCGAGAACCAGCAAACGCUCGAAUCAGUCCAAAUGUGUUUCAUCGGGAGGACGCGAAAGGUGCGACAGCAUGCCUUCGCGAGCCAGAACGACCAGCGAGGGCAAUCAUCCCGUGCCGAUGUUUCCAAGAUCUCAUCUCGCCCCCCACAGACCAUGUUCUAUGCAUCGCGAUCUAGGCUGCAGUCCGCCGAUCGGUUCACCGAUAUCUCCGCCCUCUGCCGGCGCGUCCACCGAUUCUGCCGGCUCUUCAUACAGUCUGAUCGAUGAAAAUGAAGAUCUGGACAGCAAUCACGGACGAUACGGACAUUCAUUGACGCCCGACGAGGUUAUAGCCGAGGAGGACUGCGACAGUCUUUGCGCCCACUACGGAAUAAGCCCAAAUACGGGUAACUACCUACCAAUGGCGGCACCUAGUUCGGACGAUGGCUACGUAGCUAUGUCCCCCUUAGGGGCCCACAGUAACAUCACGCCUGCGGCAAGUUUGAGCAGCGUUACCUCCGGCACACCAUCCACGGACAUGAGGUUCGCUGAAUACCCCCUCGAUAAAGUCGUUUCUUUCUUCCCGCCAUCGUCAGACGAUGAAUCGCGUCCCAUUAGGGCUUAUUCCGUAGGGUCCAGACCGGAGACCUACAAGUACAAGAAGCACCUGAUGGACAUCCAUGGCACGGCGGAGAGCAGGAGAGAUAGAGCUGCCAGCGUCGGCUCCAAGACCAAAAAGGGUCCUGUAAGGGUGCUGCCCCCCCACGGGCAUUAUCCGCAAGCCCAUCCGAAGUCUUCGAGCGCCCCCCUUUUGAGUUCGUCGAGGAUUCCCGGUUCGACCAGUUCGGUCGGUUCGGAAAUGGACGAUUUCCUCGAGAUGGACUUUACAAACAUCAAGAAAAAGUCGUCGAAGGAUGGCUAUUUGGAGAUGAAGCCUAGUCCCAAAUCGUCGGCGGUAUCUACACCAGCGACUACGCCUUCAGGUUAUGUUGAAAUGAAGCCUGGCGUGACACCUCCGAACAUUUCGAAUAGUGGACCCUAUUUGGAGAUGAAGCCAGGUACACCCCCGAACAGAGCGAACGAGUAUGCUUUCAUGGAUUCGAACAGAGCGUAUAUAAACAGAACUGACCUACCUCGUAACGAUUACAUGGACAUGAAUGCCAAAAACACUUCCAAAAAGCCUACUUUAACGAAUAACAACUAUGCCUACGUAAACUAUUUAGACCAUAACGAUGUAAACCAUCACCAGCCAACGAUAAGAAGGUCUUACUCCCAAUUAUCCCCUUCUACUGGCAAUUGCUUCAGGAAUAUGGGUUCACCAAACUCUGAUUACCUCGACAUGAACAGCAAGAACAGAGUGAGGAGCGAUUCGGAUCAGAGCAACGAAGGUUAUGUGGAAAUGUCAUUGGGCAGAGGUCACCACCGUCAGUCGAGUUUGGACAGUGCUCAGUUGAAUAGAGAAGAUCACUCAGGUAUGUCUGCUGGUUCAGUAUUGAAAAAGAAAGAGCUCAAACCGAAUAAAAAAGAAAAUAACCGUUCUUUACCAAUUCAGAUCCUGAACGCAAACCAAAACAAUCCAAUCAAUGGUCGAAUAUACUGCGACGGUUCGCCCAAAAUGCAACUACAUCUUACUAAUACAACCACAAGUCCCGUAUCUAGUCUUCCAAGAGGCAGGAAAAACAGUACGCGUAGGGAUUCGCGGGACAGUUCGAGCUCUAGCGUGACGACGCCUUCGAACUCUUCAACGAUAUUCCCGUUGAGUUUGAACAGUCCCAGUUCGCCGGUCAAACCCUUGAAGACGCCGGAAAAAUCGACGCCUAGUCUGAUCAACAGUUUGUACAAAAGAUUCCGUGGAAAGAGUAACGAGAGUCAAGACGAUGCUUCUGUUAGCGAUUGUCAGAAAAACGCUGCCAAAGUUAGCGCCAAGUCGAAUGAUUACAUGAAUCUAGAUCUGUCGAAAAGUAACGACUAUGCGGAAAUGCAACCUGGGUUACACACAGUUCCCGACGUGAACAAGGCUUUUAGUAUGAUGACGCUAUCGGAAACUUCCUCCAGGGUUUUCAAGCCGAUUUCGGAGUCUAGAGAGUGUGGAACGUCGCCACCGCCAUCAACAAAUGCGUUACCAGCGAAUUCGCCGACAAAUGAUUACCCAAAGACUGAAGAAGCUGAAGUGAAAAGUGACACUAAGUGUACGACGGAUGGUUCGAACGAUCCAAGUGCAUCGAAGCCCGUCUCACGACCUGGCUCGGCUUCAAGCGACCUGUGUUCAUCGACGUCGACGUUAGUCGGUUCCCGACCGGACUCAGUGAAUAGUGAUUCCAUACGUCCGCCCUCCGCGCUGCACUACGCAAACUUAGACCUGCAGACGAUUGACGAUGACGGCAGCAAGAGUCCCAGAACUGCAAGGAACAACUCGAAUGACAGCGGUCAGGAGGUUAGUUUCACCUACGCCGAAAUCGAUUUCAAUAAGAGCGAAGGACUGAAGAAAGGUGUUAAGCAUUGAUUAGCGAAUUGCCUAGUGAUUUGUAUAGAAGGCGCAUAUCGUAUUUUUGAAGUUGUUGUUAGUGAUUGUAGAUUGUUUUUUGAAAGUUAUUAACUUAGAUUGUUAUUACGGAUUAAUUUAUUGGAACGGAGACGGAGAGAUUAUCUAUGUAGACUUGAUACGCCGGUUCUUGUCUGAGUUUUUUGAAUUUUGAAUAUUGUAGUUCGAAAAACGCUCAAUAAUCAGGCUUGGCAUAUUGAAGAAAGCCAGUGCUUCAAAGAGUUCCUUCAGAUUUUAUCACACACAAAUGUUGUUUUAAAUUUUCUUACGAAAUACACAUAUUGGCAAUGCUCUGGUCGGUUGUUAAAGAUUUAAGGAUGAAAUAUUUUAUUAUUACCCUGAGCAAAUGUGGUAAUUUGUUUGACGAGUGAAGCUUGGUCAAUCCUGAUUGAGGAGUCGAUGAACUGGUACAUGAUUUGACUUACUGAAGCUCAAUUUAACGAUGCACACUGAGAAUUCCUCCUAAGGUUUUUAAGGUGAAAUCGUUUUUUUGCGCAGUAACCUGACUAGGCAAAUAUACAAUGUAUAGCACAAUGAAUAUUAUGUGAAUUGAUUACGACAGUGAACUCCAGAUAGGAAAGAAUCCCAAAGAGAGAAGAGCUUUAGACAAGAUAUUUCCAAGAUAAAAUCCUUCUACUGCCAUAAUUUUUCGAGAAAUUUUAAAUAUUUUAAUUUAACCCUCUGUAAAAAUGAGAUUAUUAAGUUUUCAGCCAAUAACAGUGAUCUAUUUUAAAAUAUAAUAAAUUUUGAAAGUAUGAAAAAAACGAUGUUGAAACAUGUCAUAUUCCUUCUAGGUUAAUUUUUAUAGAAAUGUCAGAUUGCAUGUUAUUCAUCUGUCAUUUGUAUUUGUCCUCGCUGUCAAAAAUUAUAACCUCAACUAUAACUAUUAGCUUUAAAAAUGUUUUUUCGAAACUGCAUUUUGAGUAUUAUGAAUAAUUCCUUUAUAUAUAAAUAUAUAUGAUAUAAAUCAUUGAGAAGUUGAAACAUUAGAAUAAGAUGUAUUGAGAAAUUCGAAUCCCUAAAACCCGAAAUUUUUUCCGCAUUUUUUAUUACUCAAUAUUUCACGCAAUGAGAAAACUGUUUUCUGACAAGCACAAUUUGGUAGUUUGCUUAUUGUUACUCGUUCUUCAUGAUUUUUUAAAUGUUUUAAUGUUCUGUGCAUUAAAAAUGUUCGGGUUUAAGAAAUUCUCUGUCAUUGAAUGUUGGUUUUAUAUUGAAAUUAGUGGAUUUUACUAUGCAUACAUAUCUGAAUUUGGUAAAAAUUGGUUUGAUGUUCUAUAAACCUAAAGUAGGAAAAUGAGAUAUGUAAAUUAUGGGUGUAAUAAUAAUAAUAACUAGGUAAUGAAAAAACUUGAAACUGCUUAGUUAAAAGGAAAGAUAAUAUAUUGCUGUUCUGUUGAAAUUGUUCCUAAAUUUUAAUAAUUUCAAAGUGCAUUCACAACACUUUCAAGAGAUUCGAGACUUUGAUUAUUUAGGAAGAUUGCAUUUGAUGUAGUAAAUCCAUAAUAAUUUUAGUAAGUAUCCUUUCUGUUAAAAAUAUUUGUGAAAUUUGAAAUGGUUUGCUUGUUUAAAUGAAUCAAAAACAUAUGUAUACGAUGUAUUGUGAAAAUUUUCGCUCCAGUUUAGGGGUCAUGUUCUGGACCAAAAAAAACAAACAAAAAUAGGAAAAUAUACUUGCAAAAUUUAUUUUUCCAUUAUUGGUCAAAAUUGAAGUCAGAAAGCUGUAAAUAAACUCUUAUUUGGUAUAUUUUAAGCUUAUUAUCGCAGAGGAUGUUCAAAAAUUUCUUAACAUGAACAGUUUUUAGGGUUGGCUAUAGUGACCGACAGAUGAAUCUUCACAUAUGCUUCUACAGUGAGAAAAAACAUGAAAUUUUGUGAUUGUAGCAUUGUCGCAUUGUGUAAAACUAUAUUUUAUUUUUGAAAAAGUAGCUUUAAUGCUUUGGAAUUCAUUAGUGGUAUUUUUGGACACCCUAUAUACUUAUAUGUAUAUCUCCUGGAGAUACUGUUACUCAUGUUUCAUUUAUAAAAAAGAAAUAAUAAAAAUAUUUAAUCGAAA